GAGGAGAAAAUGAUGGCGAGGAUUCGCGAGGCUGAGAAGUCACAAAAUUUGGCGGAACUCACACAAAAAAUAUCGUCACUGGAAUAUAAGAACCAGGAGCUGGUGACGGAGGGAGAGGUGGGUCGUGUGAGCCGUGACAGCGAGCAGGUGCCUCCCCUACAGGAGAAGCUUGCCCACCUGCAGUCUGAGGUGGCCCGUCUGCGCGCAGUCAACCGGCAGCUGAGCUGCAACAAAGUUUUGCCUCGCAUUGACUACACCAGCGAGAACGACAGCGACAUCGAAGACCCUGACGACCUCCGCCUUAUUCUGUCCCCAACGACCCUCUCAGGUGACCUGGUCACCCUCAAUGGCGACCUCGCCGACUGCGAGGGCGACAUUCUUAAUACGGAUUCGCCCGAUCCAAGCAAUUGCGAUACAAUCAAGGAGAAGUUGCACAACGGGCCCGCUGCACCCAUCACCAAUGGCGUUGCACUUUCGAAAUCUCCCAAUCAAAAAAGCUGCAGUGAGAUUGGGAGUUGCAAUAGCGAGAGAGAAGACGAUAAAGUACGACGCUACAGUGGCAGCGCCGACCACAACCACAACAGAGAAAUGACCAUCAGCAGCCCUCUUAGGAAGCGCAGCAGCAGCAGCGAGUGCAGCAUCGACAGCAAUCCACGCGAGCCCAUCUCCCGACGUACCUCUCAUACGCUCGCUGAGGCAUUCUUGGAACAGCUGCCUGAGGUCCGCAACUCUAAUUCCACGUAGGUUUUGUCUACUGCCUCGGUCAUUCAGAUGAACGCACUCUCACAAAGUCAGAUCAUCAACCUAAACGUCCAGACGCCUACGUGUUUCAUUGUUUUUACUGCUAAACAAACUAGACUUCAACUCAGUGGCUGCUGCAGAACGCUGGCGAGCGUGUCGACACUCGAGACAAGCUCACUAGCUCACUCCACUAACUGAUGGUUGGACCAAAUGCCCGUCGUACCUUCCCCUGCGACACGAUGUUUUGAAGUGUUUCACAUCUAACGUCUGGGAUCUGAUUUGAUUUUACGUAGUUUUAGUUAAGUGCUACAGACCAAAUGAUGUUGGGGUCAGCGAUGUGGACUGCCGGUUUCCUUGAAACUUGUUUGGACUUGAGGAGGAACGAUUAACAGAUCGUCCUGUGUUGUAGGAGUAUAAAAGCCUCUGGGCUCACAUGGCUCAGUAGCCUUUUUUCUACUCACUAAAAGAGUGUUCUGAAAAUCAGUCUUGGAAUUCUUCUUGGCUUGUGUCGCGCGUUGCCGUAAGAAUGAUCAAAGUGCAUUGAUACAUCAUGCUAUGGCUCUCACCAAGUCGGUAUUGUUCAUCCCAUGGAACGCUUCACCCAGCACACAUCUCGUCCGUAAACGUUACCUGUGUGCUGCUGUUCUUCAGACUUUCUUCAAGAUUUUUCGGACAUCAAUUACGUUUCAUCCGUUGAGGCAAAAUUUACUUGCUACAUCUGUGAAAUGCUCCUUUACAAAAUGUUAUGAUUACUCACAACGAAGUUGAUCAAAAUGGUGUCUGUUGCAUUAAUGGUCUUUUUUAAUGGCAGGAAGAUUAAACAAAACCGCUUACUCGUUUUUGUGUCGCUUUCCAAAGUCUGGAUUAGAUGCGGUGCAACGUCAGCUUAGAAUACCUACAGCAGCAUCGUUCUAAUGAACACGAGUCAUAGAAGCUAAUAAGUUAUAUGCACAUAUUGUGUUCUCGACUUAACUUUCUGCUUCUACUAAAAGUGAGAUACAUGCUGCAGCCAGGCUAGGAAAAUCGGUUUAUCAUCUCCUGCUCUGAUUUUUAUUUAUUCAUUUGUUUUGGUGAGCCUCUUCAGUUAUGAUAUCUUCUAAUUUCAUGUCUUUUCUCUCUUCUCACUCUGACUCCACGUAUGCUUUUGUUCAAUAAUUAUGAUGGAAUAUGAUGAUUCGAGCCCUAAUAUUUAAGAUUGCAAUAUAAGUUAGUUUUGUGCAAUUUAUGUUGAGAAUUUAUUCUUUGUUAUUCUUUCAAUGUAUGAAACAUGUUCUAAAAAGUAUUAAUUACUAUGGAUAAAAUCUGGUGAAAAGGUUGUAGGUUUCCCUGUACACAAGCGGCAGAGGCUAGUCGCUGCUACAGGCGUCUCCUCCACUGCAUCUCAAUGCAAUAAACCUUUAAUUGUCUCAGACUACUUUAUGAAAUAUUAUGAAACGUGAAGAAUAUCUCUCUAUUUUAUAUUAUAACGUGCAAACAAUCAUGUUUACGAGUCAAUGCUCCGCAUAGCUACUCGUAGUCGGUCGGUUUCUCAUGAUGAAUGACUAGCAACUAUGGCCACUGAACUAACUCAUGAUGAAUAAAAUCGUGGGUGUCGUUCAAGUCAAUUUCCAUGUUUAUGUCUUGUAAAAUGAUAACCGAUGAUGGCUGUGGGUUUUAUUGUCUCAUGCGGUGGCCAUGCUCGUUUAAAAUAACUAUAUGCCGAUGUUUGGUGCUGUUUUGGCAUAUGUUGGCAAGGCAUACCGUAGAUAAAUCAAACUCAGAAGCAGCUAUCAUGCUGGUCUGUAUCUAUUUUUCUG